AUGGAUCCAGUCACAGUCCUGGUACUCAGCCUCUCCUUUCUGCUUCUCCUCUCACUCUGGAGACAGAGCUCUGGGAGAGGGAAGCUUCCUCCUGGCCCCACUCCUCUCCCAUUUAUUGGAAAUUUCCUCCAGAUAGAUAUGAAGAACAUACAGCAAUCUUUUACCAAAUUCUCAAAAGUCUAUGGCCCUGUGUUCACUGUAUAUUUUGGCCAAAAGCCCACUGUGGUGUUGCAUGGCUAUGAGGCAGUGAAGGAAGCUCUGAUUGAUCAUGGGGAGGAGUUUUCUGGAAGAGGAAAGCUCCCAGCUCUUGAUAAAGUUUUUAAUGGCUUUGGAAUCAUUUUUAACAAUGGAAAUACAUGGAAAGACUUGAGGCGCUUUUCCCUCACCACCCUGCGGAAUUUGGGCAUGGGAAAAAGGAGCAUCGAGGACCAUAUUCAAGGGGAAGCACAGUGCCUUGUGGAGGAACUGAGGAAAACCAAUGAUUCACCCUGUGAUCCCACCUUCAUCCUGGCGUGUGCUGCCUGCAAUGUCAUCUGCUCCAUUGUUUUCCAGAAUCGUUUUGAUUAUAAAGAUAAGGAUUUUCUUAACUUGUUGAAAAAAAUGGAUGAGAAUACUAAGAUUUUGAGCUCCCCAUGGAUACAGGUUUGCAAUACUUUUCCUGCUCUGCUUGAUUAUUGUCCAGGAAGUCACAACAUAUUUUAUAAAAAUCAUACUUGUGUUGAAAGUUACUUUUUGGAGAUUAUAAAAGAACAUGAAGAAUCAUUAGAUGUUACAAAUCCUCGGGAUUUAAUUGAUUAUUACCUAAUUAAAGGAAGGCAGGAAAACUGCAAACAGGAGCUGAAAUAUACCCUUCAAAAUCUUCUAGUAGUUUUGAGUGAUCUGUUUGGUGCUGGGACAGAGACAACGAGCACGACGCUGAGAUAUGCUCUCCUGCUCCUGCUGAAGCACCCACACGUCGCAGCUAAAGUCCAGGAAGAGAUUUACCACGUAGUUGGCAGAGACCGAAGCCCCUGCAUGCAGGACAGGAGACACAUGCCCUACACAAAUGCCACGAUUCAUGAGGUCCAGAGGUUCAUUGAUAUUGUCCCUAACAGCAUACCCCACGCAGUGACCUGUGAUGUUAAAUUCAGGAACUAUCUCAUCCCCAAGGGAACAACGGUGAUAGCAUCACUGUCAUCAGUAUUGCAUGACAGCAAGGAAUUUCCUAACCCAGAGAUGUUUGACCCUGGUCAUUUCCUAGAUGGGAAUGGAAACUUUAAGAAAAGUGACUACUUCAUGCCUUUCUCAGCAGGAAAACGGAUUUGUGCAGGAGAGGGCCUGGCUCAAAUGGAGCUUUUUCUGUUCCUGACUACCAUUUUACAGAAGUUCAAGCUAAAAUCUCUGGUUCCCCCAAAGGACAUCAAUAUUACCCCAGUGGCCAGGGGUUUAGUUACAGUGCCUCCCCCUUUCCAACUCUGCUUCAUUCCUGUCUGAAGUUCAGAUGCCUGGCUCAUGUUGCAUUCUUUCCGAAAUCACCCCACAGCCUACAUUCACCACUCCCUUUUGGAUACUAUUUCCUUCCCCCUGCCCAUGGCUUGUGUUUUCUCAUUGCCUGGAGACGUCAAUUGGCAAGUGCAAAUAUAUGUGUGCACACACAUCAGUAUCAGUGCACAUGCAUAUAUUCAUAUAAGCUAUGUGAUCUUUGAACAGAUGAAAAUGGUAUAAAAUAUGGUUCUUGUUAAGUCUCAAAA